UUUCACUGCAGGCAAUUUCAUAACGUCGGCGGCUCCGUGAUUGCAUCAGUUUGGUCGUGUCAGUACAGUCUCCACCUGCUGUCGUUAUCUGAACAUCACGUGGUGAAAUGUGUGGUAUCUGGGCCUUGUUUGGCAGUGAUGAGUGCCUGUCAGUCCAGUGCACGAAUGCCAUGAAGAUCGCCCACAGGGGUCCUGAUGCUUUCCGCUUUGAGAACGUCAACGGCUUCACCAACUGUUGCUUCGGCUUCCACCGGCUGGCUAUUGUCGACCAGCUGUAUGGCAUGCAGCCCUUGCGCAUCAAGACGUUUCCUUUCUUGUGGCUCUGCUACAAUGGAGAAAUUUACAACCAUCAGUUGCUGAAAAAGCAGUUUGGAUUUGAUUUCCAGACUAAAAUGGACGGUGAGGUUUUGCUCCAUCUGUAUGACCGCUUUGGCAUCGAGAAGAUGGCUUCUCUCCUGGAUGGUGUCUUUGCUUUCAUUCUGCUGGACACUGCCAACAGAAAAGUCCAUCUAGGAAGAGAUACGUAUGGUGUCCGGCCUUUGUUCAAAUUACUCACAGACGAUGGUUUCCUUGCAGUCUGCUCCGAGGCCAAAGGCCUGACAAACAUUACCCAUGCCACCCCUGCCAACAUUGUUCCCUUUCUCCCCGGGCACUUCGAGGUCUUUGAUUUGAAGCCAAAUGGGAAAGUUCAGUCCCUUCAGAUGGAGCCGUUUCACUGCUGCACACAAGAGCCUGCUCAUGCCAUCUGUGACACUGUGGAGAGACUGACUACAAGCUUUGAUGAGGAAAUCGUGAAAAGCAACAUCAGAACCCUGUUUGAGAAUGCUGUGAGGAAACGUCUCAUGUCCCACAGGAGAAUCGGUUGUCUUCUGUCAGGUGGUCUGGACUCCAGUUUGGUUGCUGCUACGCUGGUGAAACUGGCCAAAGAGGAGAAGCUGCAGUAUCCCAUCCAGACAUUUUCAAUCGGAUCAGAUGACAGCCCAGAUAUCCUCGCUGCUCGCAAGGUGGCAGCUCACAUUGGCAGUGAACACCACGAGGUGAGCUUCACGGCAGAAGAAGGCAUCCAAGCUGUGGAGGAAGUCAUCUUCCACCUGGAGACCUACGACAUCACCACGAUACGUGCCUCUGUUGGGAUGUACUUGGUUUCAAAGUACAUCAGGGAGAAGACAGACAGUGUGGUGAUCUUCUCUGGAGAGGGAUCUGAUGAACUGACUCAGGGAUACAUUUACUUUCACAAGGCUCCAAAUGCCAAAGCAGGAGCAGAGGACAGCGUUCGUCUGCUGAAGGAGCUCUAUCUGUUUGAUGUUCUCCGAGCCGAUCGGACCACUGCUGCACACGGUCUGGAGCUCAGAGUGCCUUUCCUGGACCACAGGUUCACAGCAUACUACCUUUCCCUGCCUGAGGAGAUGAGGGUUCCUAAGCAUGGAGUGGAGAAGUACCUGCUGAGGGACUCCUUUAAAGGUCUCAACCUGAUCCCUGAAGAGAUCCUGUGGAGACGCAAAGAAGCCUUCAGUGAUGGCAUGAUGUCACUGAAGAAGUCCUGGUACCUCUGCCUGCAGGAGCAUCUGGAGUCUAUGGUGAACGACAACCAGAUGGAGAAGGCUCACAAGACGUUCCCUCACAACCCCCCACGCACCAAAGAGGCCUACUACUUCAGACAGGUGUUUGAGAAGCACUUCCCUGGCCGAGCUGAGUGGCUUUCCCAUUUCUGGAUGCCACGCUGGAUCAACGCCACCGACCCGUCUGCCCGGACCCUGUCCAUCUAUAAACCUGAUAAAGAGUAGUGACUGGCUGACCAGCUGAGUGCCUCUGUCUGUAAGCAGAAUGCUGCCCAUUUGGACAUGUGUCAUGCUUAACUUUACCUUGUUAAACUCCUAAGUUGACAAUUUAUGUGGAAUUAGUGGCUCAAAAAUGAACACUCAGUCAGUGAAGUUAGGCAGGCAGAUUGGAAGAAAUUAGAGUUUAAGAGUAAAAGUAGACCUUUGGUUGUGUGGUGGUGGCAACAGAUAUGUUGCUUAAACUUCAGGCAAUUCUGUUUCAUUAGAUGAUCAUAAGAAAGAGCUCUGAAAAGCACACCUGAAAGCUCAUCGAAUGUCGAUAUCCUGGAAAUACGUUCCGAGUUAAGUCCCUCACAGUAUGUAGAGGCACUUCAUAAGCACAGGAGACAGCAACAGGAAAUUUUCAGCACUGAAAAAUACAUUUGAGCUGUCUGAAAAAACAAAUACAUUUUACAUCCUCUCCAGGUGUCCUAAUCUAAAGCCAAAGUCUUGUUUUUUAACCUUGAUUUUGUCUUUAGAUUUUGACACCUGGAGUGGAUGUAAAAGUGAUUUGGUUUUAACAAAGCUCAAAUGUGUUUUUCAGCUAAACUAAAGAUUUCAUGUGUCUAUCUCCUUUACAUAUGAAGUAAAAGACACUGGAAAAAAUCGUGAAUUGAAAAGAGAGAACUUUUGACCAAUUCCUGUGAAUUUUGUGGUCUUGUAAGUGGAAAAAUAUUUACAGUAUGAAGGUAAAGUUAUUGAUCAGACCAAUAAUAAGGCUGUAAUGGACAAAUCAAAACUCCAUAUGACAGCUCUCGUGAGACUUGCAGUUUAUCGGUGCCAGAUUCGGUGAAGAUUGGAAAAAAAAUUGUGGCCUGUGAGACAUUUGCAGCUUUUUCAUAUUAAUUUUAAUGUGGACCUUAGUGGACUUUUUGGUGCUUUUAACUAGACUUCAUUACCAUUGGAUUUCUUGGAUCAAGUGAGCAUAUGGCCCAAAAGUUACACCUCCUGCUUGAGGCACAGUCAUGAAACUUUGAGGACAGAAUCAGGGGACUGACCCCAAUCAGUGUGCCAAAUUUCUGAGCUUUUCGCUGCACAGUUCUAGGGGUCCGUUAUAGAAACACAACAGGUGCCUAUACAACUCUGCCCCGGCUCCUAACUUAAUGCCACUUGUCAUUGAUUUACAAUAGUACCCACAAACCUGUGACCAGAACUGUGGGAGCUGCAUUUCAUUGUUUUACAGUUAAGUCUAGCCAGUAAUUCCACAGCACAGCUAGAUGGCAACUAAUUAGACAAAUGGAAAUUGGAUAUGGAAGCUUUUGUGGUGCAGUAAAUCUUUGCUUUUUUCUACAGCUAACUCUAACAAACUCCAUCAACGGCCAAAUUAACUGGUCAGCUAAGGUCAGAAUUAUUUGUCAGAUCUUAAGAUGCAUUUUGUUGAUUUAUUUUAAAGGACCAUGCAUCUGUUUGUGUGAUUUCCCACCUAUUUUCUACAUAUUUGAGAUAUGAGUGAGUGAUCACUCACGAUAAACACCUCAUCUCAUCAUCUUUUGGGACCUUUGAGAUCCAUCAUGGUGCCACGGCUGCAGCGGAGUUGCUCACAUUUUGGUUUCCUGUCAUGAUGGUCAGCGGUGGUGCACAUUCUUUUCUGCCGUGUCAUGAAUCUAUUCAUUUUUCCAUUUCAUUUUUUUAAGGCACCGAAUGAUUCCUCGCUUCUCUAUCAUCCGCUUCAAUCCAAAAACAAUGGAUCUCAUAAAUGCUCCACUUGGUCAGCGUGGAGUUUUCUUUGAAGAUGUUUUGUCUUUACAUUGUAACUGACUAAAUUCUGUUGUACUAUCCUGCUGCUACUACUUAGAUAAUGUGGACACACAUUACCACAGACAACAGUAAACAACAGAUGUGAAUAUACUGUUGUGAAGUGUUACUUCCAUGUCAGAUAAUUCAAAGCUGCACCACUUUCCAUUGAUUGCAUUACUUCUAAGUUGAACAGUAGCGUGUUUGCUCUUACGUGAAACAGCAUGGAGGACACCAAAUGUCUGCAGAGAUGUUCUGUUGUUCUUCAGAGACUUUAACAUGCUGGAAUAUUCCUCUUAUAACAAGCUUCUGCAGACUGGAAGUCAUCUUCUUAGAUGUUGCUCAUGCAGCCUCAUAUCAUCCCCUGAUCUCCAUGCUUCACUGUGAGGACUAUGUAUUCACUGUGGCAGUCCACGGCAAGUUCACCCCAAACAUGUUGAAUCCCAUCUGAGCAGAACAAAUUUAUACUGGUCUCAUCUGAACAAAGAAUGUGCUCCCAAUGGGCUUCUUUUGGGACUCUGAUUUUCAAUGAUAACCCCUGUGCCAAAUAUAAAACAUUUCCUGAGAUAAAGUGACCAAGUAGUGCGAUCGAUAGCAUUAUUUUGGGAGGACAACCACUGCAGCAGAAUUAGUAGCACUGUGGCUCAUUCUGUACCUCCUGAUUAAUGCUGUGAUUGUUUGUUGACGGAUAUUUUAUCUUCCUUCAUCCUUUUUAGUCUUUGCGGAGUAUCACAAUCUGAUUUUUAAGUUCCUCGGGCAAUUCUUUUCUGUGACAAGCCAUGAUGCAGACAUGCACAUAGACACAGCACAUAGGUCCAAAAGUCAUUUUAUGACCAUGUUCAUCUAACUAGGUUGACUGGAAAAUGCAGAUGGACUCUCCUUUGUUUUAGUCAUCACAGGUUCAUUAACCUGUGUUGCAGAGUUUCUACUUUGUGGCUUGUAUUUUGAAUAUAAUCUUUCUAAAAUACUUGUUUUUGAUUGUUCAUAAGAGGAAACACUCUACUGGUAAACUUGGAAGCAAUGCAGUUAUUGACAGGUAACACCAUGUGGAAUCAUUUGAUAUUUCAGUGACAGUGCACAGAAGUGUAGUCAUUUCUGUUGUAUACUGUGUAUGUCUAUUUGGGGGGGUUAACUCAAAUUCAUCGUUUAGAGCUACUAACAAAAAAAAGGCUGAUGCAUCUUGUUGACUAGUGUAUUAUGCAAUUUGUGUGAAUGACAUCUUUACAGUUUGUCAUAGGUGAGUCAUGUGUGAACCUGGUCCAAGUAGUGACUUCACACUAAUUAGUCUCUCCAGGGUUUUCUCUGGUUAUUAGAUCUUAGACUACAACUGGCUAUGCAAACAGUUUAUCAUUGGGAACUGGUUAUUAACGGAUUAAAGUGAAGAAUAUACUACUUUAUUCAUCUUCAUAGCCCAUCCCUGAUUCAAGUGUUGGGAGACAAAACUGCAGAAACACAGCAGUAAUGCCUGAUAAUGUGCUACAAUUCAGUAACCAUUCAUUUCAGCAUGAAACAGUAACAGAACAGGUUGCACUCUACACUCAUCAGAAUUUACUGCAAGGCUCUUGUUUUCUGAGCUGCAUUCUAUUUUCACUUCUGCAGUCGUGUCCUCUUCCUAGCAUAGCUGUUAACUGGCUCUUGCUAUCUAGUAACUGUCUACGUUCCAUGCGAACUGCUGCUAAAAUAAAUGUACCUCUUGGCACUGA